UAAUAAUCCCACUGCAGGAAAAUUCCUAGAAAUCAAAAUACCACACAUCUCUCUGCAUGGUUUCUUUUAAUAUCAGUUUACAUUAACUAUGCAUUUAAUUCAUCACCCGUUUUAAGACCCUUUAAUUAUAUAGAAUAUACAAAAUAUAAAUAUCCAAAUCCAGGACUGAGAUCUUAGUUUCAAAUCUUUAUUUUUCCUUCUCCUCUACUUCAUCCUCUUUAGAUCUCUCCAGAUCUUGAAGUGAAGAAAAAAAAAAAUGGUGAGUGGUGGUCAUCAUCAUCCAGCAGAUUUCCUACUAAUCAAACAAGAUGACAAGUUUUUCUCAAGGCUUUUAUCUAAGGAAAGUAGUGCAAAAGGUGAGUCUUCUUUCAGGUACUACUAUUGUGGAGGAUCAUCAGGUUCAAUUCCAUUUGUUUGGGAAUCUCAACCAGGUACACCUAAACAUAAACUUUCAGACACUUUAGUUCCACCACUUACUCCUCCACCUUCUUAUCAAACUAAAGACCACUUGAAAUCCUUGAAAAAACAAUCAAAAUCCAAUUUUUUCCUCUCCAUUUUCCCCAAGAUUUCAUCCAAAAGAAUUACUGUUUCACCUUCACUUACUUCCCCUUCUGUUUCAUCAUCUUGUUCGUCGUCGUUCUCAUUGUCUUCUGUCUCAAUUACUGCUUAUUCUAAUCGAAGAAACUAUCGUUCAAGAUCAGAAAUUGAAGAGUAUGAUCAAGAGAAACUGCAGCUUCCUGCUUCACCAAAUUCAACACUUUGUUUUGGGUGUGGAAUAGGGAAUUCUAAGCGUUUUCGAGUCAAUAAUCCAGCGAAAAAGAAUGUGAAGAAGACAUUUUCGUCAUUUCUUGGUAAUUAAUGGUGGUUCUUGAAGAUGGAUGAUAUAUUUGAAACAUGGUGUUCAUCUUUUACAUCAGUUUUAGAUACUUUAGUAGGUUAUUUAAAAUGGUGUCAACUGUGAAGUGUGCUAUGUGAUUCCCUGUUUUUAAUUAUUUGCUAGUAAUAAUCAUGGGAACAAAAUUAUGUCGAGAUGUUUUUAUUUUGGUCAGUGUCAAGAUAAAAAUUGAUGCUAUUUGUCUUUGGAACUGGUAAUCCAUUUACUUGAAGUGUGAA